AUGCCAGGUGUCCCCCGCAGGCUGCGCCACCGUGGACCCGACUGGAGCUUGCACACGUUCGGCAAUAACUUCUUCGCGCACGAACGGCUAGCCGACAUGGACCCGGCGUCCGGCCACCGGCCGUUACGCAAAGAGGAUGGCAGCAUCGUGGUGGCCGUCAACGGCGAGAUCUACAACUACCAGCAGCUAAGGGACGAGCUGCAGCAUCGCCACACGUUCAACACUGGCAGCGAUUGCGAAGUCAUCACGCACAUGCCCCGUCGCUGGUACAGCCCCGCGUGGUACGACGAGCACAUCCCCUCAACGCCGUACGAUCCGAUCGCGCUGCGCGCCGCGUUCGAGAAGGCCGUCGUGAAGCGGCUGAUGACGGACGUGCCGUUCGGCGUGCUUCUAUCGGGGGGCCUCGACUCGUCGCUCGUCGCCGCCGUUGCGCAGCGCCAUUUGGGGGAGCAGUGGGGGCCGCAACUCCACUCCUACUGCAUUGGCCUCGAGGUGCGUCGGGUCGGGACUGAAUUUCUGAGUGAUUGGGGUACGUUAGCUUUACCAGACGUGCCGUUCGGCGUGCUUCAAUCGGGGGGCCUCGACUCAUCACUCCUCGCCACCAUCGCGCAGCUCCACUUGGGAAAUCAGUGGGGCCCUCAGCUCCACUCCUACUGCAUCGGCCUUGAGGUGCGUUGCCCUUACUAA